GCAGUUGUACAUUUGUGGAAGGGAAUAUUUACGCGCCAGUCAAAAGGAAUGAUCAAAUUCUAGCCCAUCUUCACCCAAACCAUUCUUUCUUCUGCCCACAGGAAGCCCAGAAACAUCACCUGGGGACCAGGACCGAACUCAACCCGCUCCUUUGUCUCCUGCCUUUCGCACAGGCAGUGACCCUGUCCUACGGCCAAGUGCCUCAGCAUCUCAUCUGCGGGAAGGUUUCGGACUGAGCGGUUCUGAAGGGCGGCUUCAUUCCAAGGCUCCCCCGAAGCCUCUGAGGGUCCCUUCCAUGCUGAUGAGUGACUACUGUGAGCUGGUUCCCAAGGUCCCCCAGGAGCCCCGAAGCCACGUGGAGCGCCUGCAGACGGAAGAGAGAUGGCGUGGCCGGGCUCGCAUUACAGAGACUGCCUUCGGGUUCCUGGACUCCGUUGAGGCUCCUUCCACUUCUCCCCAGUCGGAGGAGACAGGCGUGGAACCAGGGUUUGAGCGCCCACUGCUAGAGACCCCUUCCUCCUUCCAGCCUCAGGACUUUAACUCAUUGCUUUUGGCCCCUAACAACAAGCCCUUGGACCCCGGCACACUCAAGCACCUCAAGGACAUUUUUGCUACUCAUGAUUGCCACACAACAGCCCUUCAUAUUUUAAAGACGGAUUGCCAGGUGAGGGCCACAGAAGACAAUUAUUUACCGCUUAUAACAUUAUUUUACCCGGGGCCUGCUGGAAUAACUGUUGGAUGGGUUGUUGUUGGUGGUCUUGCUCAUAUUUCUGGUGCAGGAUCUUUAUCACAGUCUAUGCCUCAAAACGUGGAAAGCCUUACCAAGGCUGUGCGGGCAGCUCUGUUUAUGCUUCUUUCCCGUUUUGUGAAUCUGCAGAUCGCCCGGCUGGAGCAAACGUGGAGGCAUCUGCGCCAGAGCCACACCGCCAGCGCCAUCGUGUAUGAGAAGGAGCUGAAGCCUCUCUUGGGGAAUCUGAACAGGGCUGAAGAGAAGAUGACACAUCAUAAGAAGACAGCUAAUAAUAGGAUGGGCCCUCUGUGUGGUACUGAUUUGAGGCUACGGAUUCAGCUCAUGUUUUCCUUUUUACGUCCUUUCCUCCACUCAGGAUUCCAGAGCACUCCAGAACUCCUGGAAGUAUUUCAGACCGAGUUCUCCCUUCGGUUAUUCUGGGGCUGUAAAGGAGCGCAGGCGGAACGGCGUGAACGACACAAGAAAUUUGAACGGAUCUUGACUGUGCUUUCUCAGAAACUAGAGUGAACUCAUGGGAGAAGUAUUCCUCCCUUCCCCCUCGGCCAGGCCAGCUGGAAUGCAAGGCAACGGGUGGCAGAGAUGAUUGGUAAGAGGAGGAUCACUCAGUGCCAGAAUGAGAUGUUGAACCGGCAUGAAACUUGAAGGCCUUCCAAGGAAUGAAUGAGCAGGAGGAACUCCUCCGUGGUAGGCAUUCCUUCUAGACCAACAGGGCCAGGGCUGUGGGAAGAAGAAAUCUGGAAGCAUUUUUAACCUAUGCAAAGGAGCCAGCCUGCAAUAAAGAAAGUAGCGGAUGGUUUUUAA